AUGCGGCCCCGUCCCUGCAUCGUCCUAUUCGCAACAAAGUCCAAGGUAGCACCGCCGAACUCCGAGGCUACACUUACCUUCUCGCAUGCCAAAUAUAAAGAGCUGUACAUGGAGUUCGCUGAAGAAGAAAGGGAAAAACGCUUAUCUCACGCUUCUUCCAAAGACUGUCCCUUCGGAACUAGCAAGCUUAACGUAAUUUACGAGGAUGUGAGCGCUGAAAUUACUUUCAACAAGAAUCGAGCUGCCGAAGGCUGGAAGAAACUGGUGCCCUUCUACAGACAGUCAGAGUGUGAUACCGAAGAGAUAGAACCCGAAGAUUUCAAGAGGCUGUUGAAGAUAUCAGAGGAAGAUUGGACUGCAGCAUGGAAAUCUGCCACUGCUAUGCGGGAGCCCAAGGUGUCGCUGGUACGCAAAGACCAGGACGAAAGAUACAAGGCUGUUAGAAGCCGAGCCAUCCGAUAUAGCCGAUACACCCGGUCGGGCCGUACUAUCCGACCGCAGCUUACACUUCCCUUACAUUCUCCAACUUCAACUUACACUCUCAUCAAUUAUUCAUCGGGUACCUUCAGUAUUGAAUCCAUGUCCUCCACUCAAGGUCGCAAACGCUCCAGAUUAGCAUGCGAAACAUGCCGGGAUUUAAAACGGAAAUGCGACGGCAAUCAGCCCUGCGGAGCCUGUGUCCGCUUCGAGUAUGAGUGCACUUACAAAACCCCUGCCAACAAGAAGAGAAAGACUGUCGAACCGGAACAAGCACCGCCUCUUCCAUCGCCUCCAGUACAUGUUGAAAAAGAAGUUCGGCCCCGUGUGGCGUCACCGCAUCAUCUCCAGUCCCUUGAAGCCAACUCUGGGGCCGCGUUUCUCAGAAGGCUGGCACUGAGACUGGAUCCGAAAAGUGCUCCUCGGAUGCACACGUUUUCAUGGAAUGCUUUUCUUGGAGCCAGACGGGAAUCACAGUCUCCAGUGUCAAGACCAAUUACUGAAAUGUUAUCCCGAGAUGAGAUGAGUAAUCUUAGCACGAUCUAUUUUGAGAAACUGGAUAUCAUCUAUGGCUUCAUUGACCGUGAUUGGGUUUCAUGUAUAAUCCAGAACAGAUGGGCUGGUCUCACAUAUGAACCCUCCGAAGAUGCGGUUCUAUGUGGUAUAGCCGCUAUUGGAUGCUUAUUCUCGGAAGUUGAACCAUCACCAUUGGAGCUUGACCUGAUAGAAACGGCCAGAUUUAUCCUUGAGCAAAAGAUGUCCGAUACUCCUUCUUCGACUGAAAUCACGGGGUGGUUACUUCGAGUGAUCUAUCUCAGAACUGCGGAGACACCCCAUACAGCAUGGAUCGCUAGUUCUAUUCUCAUGCAUAUGUUGGAAGCAGCAGGCCUGCAUUGCGAACCAAGCGAAGAAUCGGUGUUCCAAGUGGCCGAGGAGCAAGUUGACGCAGAGCUGAGGAGGAGACUGUUCGCCGUCUCAGAGCAUCUGAAUAUUUGGAUCUCUUUCGAUAUGGGGCGGUCCAGAACUAUUCUUUGUAACUCGACCUUGGAGAUGCCAGUGGCAAGAGAAGGGGACUACACAUAUGAAAUCAUGGAGUUAUUACCUUACUCGACGGACCUCGAUCCAAACAAGACGCGGGAUGCAUCUGAGCUUGAGGCCUCACUUUCAGUGGUGCUUGAUCGAGUCCACUCAGUUCCACCCUCGAUUAUGGCUCAGUGCAAUCUGGCUCUAUGUCUUUGUCGCCGAUUACAAUCUAUGAAUACAUCCUUCACUGGCAAGACACUCGAUAAGAUACUUUCUAUCACGCUCAGAGGUAUCGAAGCCGCCCAAGCUAUCCUCGACGCUCGAUCCCCAUGGCAUCAGAUGGCCAACGUGCCCUUUCAAAUAAUAUGCUUACUCUUAGCCAUCGAUACCAGAGAAUCAUUAGCACAGCUAAAAGACGCCAUGCAGUGUCUCAGUAACAUUGCCACAGUAUACGAUACCAACGCCACAAAGGAGGCGAUGAACACAGCAUCUUUACUCAUAUUGAUGCAACAGCGAAGAAAAGAGAAAUGUGCGACGAAUUUAGGUGAUAUCGUCAAGAGUUUUCCUAUUGUUCCGCUAUCAGAACCUCAGGUUGAAGCUCCACCGCAGGUCAUGGAUGAUAUGAGGUGGUUCAAUAACUUGGCUGGAGAGUUGGCAGGCUUCGAUUAUUCCGACUUGGACCGGUUUCUCUUUCAAAGCACAUUCUAA